ACCGAGUCCAUUUCAAAAGGUGUCAUCAUUUUUAUUGGAAAAAGUUCUGCUUGGUGGGUCAUAUCAUAUGUCUGGGACUCGGCAAAUGUUUUAAGGCAUGUUUUACGAGAACUCCACAUGGAAGAAACACAAAAGUUGCGGGACUUCACCUCUCCUUCCUAUGACUCCCAAGAAACCUCAGCAGUGGCUGCAAGUGGUCGGACAUGCAGGGAGCUUUCGUGUUGGGGAGUAUGGUACACUGCUGAAGAAGUUUUGUGAAGGGGAGCAACAAUGCUACCUCAGGCUGAUGGAGGACACUUUGAGGCCCUUUGUUCCAGUCUACCACGGUGUGGUGCAGCGGGACGAGCAGGAUUACAACAUGAUGGAUAACUUGCUCACCCAUUUCAGCACACCAGCCAUCAUGGACUGCAAGAUGGGCAGUCGCACAUACCUCGAGGAGGAGCUGCUGCUGGCCCGAGAGCGGCCCCAGCCUCGUCACGACAUGUAUGAGAAGAUGGUGGCUGUGGAUCCAGAGGCCCCGACAGUCCAGGAACGAGCCCAGCAGGCAGUGCUGAAAACCAGGUACAUGCAGUGGAGGGAGACACUGAGCUCCACAACAACUCUGGGUUUCCGAAUCGAAGGAUUCAGGAAGGCAAAUGAAGAAUGUCACACAAACUUCAAAAGGACCAAAAGCAGAGCGCAAGUCAAGGAAGCACUGGACAACUUUGUCGACUCCAAUACACACAUUGUGUGGGGCUACCUGAGACGGUUGAAACAGUUGCGGCAGGUUUUGGAGGCGUCAGACUUCUUCAGAGCGCAUGAGGUUGUGGGCAGUUCUUUACUGUUUGUACACGACUGGACGGGCAGAACAGGAGUCUGGAUGAUCGACUUCGGAAAGACUGUGACCUUGCCGGCUCACAUUACCUUGGACCACCGCACUCCCUGGGUAGAGGGCAACCGAGAAGAUGGCUACCUGUGGGGUCUGGACAACCUCAUUGAUAUACUGACCAACAUGCUGCCGCUGACCUGAAAGCCACUCUAAACAUGUGUGGAAAUUUACUCACCAGUCUUGAGUGAAUGACUGCAGAUGGCUCCUGAAAUGGUUGCUUCAAUUGUGAGAAUUAACUCACAGUACAGGGAAAAUACAGUAUGAGGGUGCAAAAAAUGGACGAUGUGAUUGAUUACAAUAACAACACAUUUUGCAGAGUGUGUUAUAAAGUAAAUUCUUUCCAGAGCAGAUUUCCUUUCAGUAAAUCAGGCCCACCAUGCGGGUCCAGAGGCCACUGAUGAUUUAUGGGACCUCUGAGCAACAUGAGCCUUGUUAAGUUUGACCACCGAAUAGACCUACAACGCUGAGCUCACCGUGUAACAGUCAAGCACAGUCUCAUUUUCCAGCCUCAGCAGGAGACGUCCGACCCAACUGUCUUGAGACGACCCGCUCAUUAUUUCAGAAAACACACUGCACUUGCAAUUAUAAGCCAGAGAUAUGGCUGCCCCCUGUGAGAUGAGAUGAUCAGUAGUCUAACCAUUACACUGUCUCAUUAAAAUGGUGCUAAAGCUAAGAUGCUCUAAAGUGGCGUUAUUUUCAGCAUUUCUUUAAUGCAAUGGUUUGCCUCACUAAUAGCAUUGUUAUUGCAUGAGGUUUUAAAUUAAAUUUACUUUAUUUAAAUGCAUCAUAGUUUGCAUGAAGUUUCUAAUUAUGAGGGUCAAACAACAGGGACAUUUUUUUGGCUAUGCCAGCAGCGUAACUAUAGGGAUGGUAAUGUCAGUUGGUCAGGCCACCGCUUUGAUCUAGACUGAAAUAUUUCCAACACUAUUGCAUGGAUUGGACCAAACUUUUGUACAGACAUUCAUAGUCCCCUGAAGAUGAAUCCUAAUGACUUUAAUGACCCCCUGAUGUUUCCUCUAGCACCACUGACAGGCCAAAAUUUGAAUUUGUCCAAUAUGUAGUACUUGAUAAACUGAUGAUAUUCCCAUCAUCCUCAGCUGUGCUAUGUGUUUACUACAAAUUAGCAAAUGUGAUUACAUUUCUUGCAUAGUCAUUGUGCAGUAUGUUAGCACACUGGUGUUAGCCAGAGCUUCCUUGCUUUAGCAUUUAGCUCAAAUCAUAGAGGUGCCUCAGUGCAGCCUCACAGAGCUGCCAGCAUGGCCGAUCUCUGAUUAUGCUGCU